CUGACAACAUUGUCGUUUUUUCAAAGCAAAAGAAUAACUUUUGCGAUUUGGAACAGUAUUGAUCACAGUUCAAUACACACUUGAACAAGCGUAAAAAUCUUCAAGGAAGACGUUUAAUUUCUGUUUGGAUUAUUCGUUGUUAUGGAGAUAGGUGGAUCAAAGUCGUCGUUGACGUCGACAAAAGCAUCGUCAUCCCAGUUAUGUGGUGGUAUAAGCAGUAAACGCCUCAAAUGGGGGGGCCGUGAUCGGCGUGGUCGUCUUGGCAGUUGUCAUCGGAGUUGCCGUCGGGGUGCCACUGUCCCAAGGAAAGAGUAAGCGGCAAACUGACGCCUCAAACUUGGAAAGGGCUAAACGUGUUCUCAGUGAAUAUCCGUUGAUUGAUGGACACAAUGACCUGUCGUGGCAGUACAGGCAGUACGCCCAGAACAAGGUGUACCAGGUGAAUCUGAACAUGGACCUGGCGCUCACGUGGAACACCACCCACACAGACAUCAAGAGGAUUCGUGAUGGCCAGCUUGGGGCGCAGUUCUGGGCAAUUUUUGCUCUGUGCGACUCUCAAUCUAAAGACGCGGUGAGACAGUUCCUGGAUCAGCUGGACACCAUCAAGAAGUUCGUGGGCAAAUAUCCGGACACCUUCACGUUUGUCACUACUGCAGAUGGGAUCAUGGACGCCUUUAAUGACGGGAAGGUAGCAAGUCUGCUUGGAUUGGAGGGAGGUCACGCCAUCGACAGCAGUCUCGGCAAUCUGCGCAUGUUCUAUGACCUUGGGGUCAGAUAUAUGACCGUCACCCACAGCUGCAAUACACCAUGGGCCGACAACUGGACAGUUGACAGAGACGACAACCCGGAACACAACGGUCUGACAGACUUCGGCAAGAUUGUGAUCCGGGAGAUGAACCGCCUAGGGAUGCUGGUGGACCUGUCCCACGUGUCCCGCAAAACCAUGAUCGAUGCCCUGGAGGUGACCGACUCUCCCGUCAUCUACAGCCACUCCUCCGCCUUCACCAUCUGCAACCACUACCGCAACGUCCAGGACGACGUCUUGAACCUCACGAAAAUUAAUGAGGGCGUGGUGAUGGUGAAUUUCUUCGACCUUUACAUCAACUGUUUCCCAAACAACCAGACCGUUGCCACGUUGACUCAAGUGGCAGACCACAUCGACUACAUCAAGAACCUGAUCGGAGUGGACUAUGUUGGCAUCGGCGCUGAUUACGAUGGAGUGCCCACGUUACCAGUGGGAUUAGAAGAUGUGUCCACCUAUCCUAAACUGUUUGAGGAACUUGUUAGACGAGGUUGGACAGACGAGGAACUUCAGAAGCUGGCGGGGAGGAAUCUUAUGCGAGUUUUCAAAGCUGCCGAGAAGGUGAAGAUGGACAAGGCCAACCUCCCGCCAUAUGAAGAUCUCAUCGACUAUGAAAAGGUUAAUACCACCUGUCGCACCGGUUUUUAAAUCAACGGCAACGAAUUAAUAAAACAGAAGUCCGGAAACAGCACGACAAUCUCGAAUAUACAACUCAAAACAUGUUAAAGAACGGCCGAUGUUUUAUAUGACUAUUGUUAAUCUAUCAUGGCAGGAAGGUAUUGCAGCUCAUUGCAUGUGACUGUUCCUUAGUUUCUAUUGAGUGGUAUACGUUCGACAGGUUCAUUCCGAUACCCUCUACGUACAUAUGACAUCUCCAUCUGCUGAUGAGGUCGACAACGAGAGGGUCAAUCGGAAUGCACCGGUUACAAGUGAUGGCUAUACACGUUUGUUCCGUCUUUGACUCGCAUAAUGGACAACCUGUGAUCUUGUCACGAAGGUGAAAGAAUACAGUGAUCUAAGUUUGGGGAAUUCCUUGGGGUUUUUUUUCACUUAAAAUAUGACCAGAUCUCAUACGACUACACUGAUGGACACGUAAUCAAAAAGUAAAUGUGCUCCGUUCUUUCAAUUUUGAAAUCAUCAAAAUAAUAAUCUUUGAUUUUAUAUUUCCCUGGAGAAGAGACCUGUUUUCAUGGACCUGUUUGGGGAACCACAUUGUCACAACAUGCAUAUCAGUUUACCUCAGCCAUUGUAUUAUGGUACAACUGUACCGAACUCUGGGACUGACGAAUGCGUCUCAAAAGGUAACCCGAGUAAACUGGGAUUAUAUAUACUACUUAAUAGAAGUAACGGAUCACCCGAUUC